UAGGUUGGUUGUCUUACCUGGCGAGGUAGGACCAACCUGUUAAUUUUUUAUUUGUUAGGUUAGGCUAGGUUAUGUUAUGUUGUUACAAAGCUAAUCCAUGUUUUCAUGUUACUCUGUCUUUAGAUUGAAACUUUACUUGGGUAAGAUAUGGUUGGGUCAAUUUAUUGUCAUUUAUUGUUGAUUAUACCUUUAUUAAUUAGUCAUUUUAACAUAUGUUUAUGUAUCGAUGAUAAUAACAACGAAACAAUUACUAGUGACUAUUCCGAAUGUUCACCACCUUGUUUAAACGGUGUUUGCCACCAUGGACAGUGUUUUUGUAAAUCUGGUUUCACUGGAUUGUAUUGUCAAGAUGACAUAGAUGAAUGUGCCUUAGCUCCGUGUCUUAAUAAUGGUACCUGCCAUGAUGGAACCAACGAUUUUACCUGUACCUGUUUACCGGGUUGGCAGGGAAAACACUGUGAAAUUGAAAUAAACCCUUGUGAUCCCAAUCCUUGUGUUAACAAUGGUACGUGUUCAUCUCAACAUUCCAACUUUACAUGUUCUUGUCCACCUGGUUUUACCGGAUUCUUAUGUCAAGAUGAAAUCGAUGAGUGUGCUUCAUCUCCGUGUCUUAACAAUGGUACCUGCCAUGAUCAAUUGAAUGGUUUUACCUGCCACUGUUUACCAGGUUGGAAAGGUGAACUAUGUGAAAUUGAAAGUAACCCUUGUGAUUCUAAUCCGUGUUCCAACGGUGGCUCAUGUUCACCUAAUCAUCAUUCCAACUUUACAUGCUCUUGUCCUCCUGGUUUCACCGGUUUUACCUGUGAAGUAAAUAUAAAUGAAUGUUCGCCUAAUCCAUGCCAAAAUAAUGGAACAUGUAAUGAUCUUAUAAAUGGAUUUGAAUGUGCCUGUGAAAAUGGCUUCACUGGGAAACUAUGUGAAAAAGAAACUUGUAAUUUAGAGCUUUGCAAUGGUGUUUGCAUCGAGAAUGAGUGUUUCUGUCGUCAAGGCUUUAAAGGUCACAACUGUAAAGAAGAUAUAGAUGAAUGCGCUGCUAACCCAUGCAAAAAUGGUGGAGCCUGUGAAAACUUAAUUGCAGAUUUCAAAUGUUUUUGUAAAAUGGGUUUUGAAGGACCUCGUUGUGAGAUCAACAAAGAUGACUGUGUUAACCAACCAUGUAAAAAUGGUGGUACCUGUGUUGAUGGUGUAGCAGAUUAUUCAUGUUCAUGUCCUCUUGGUUUUACGGGUAAAAAUUGUGAAACCGAUAUCGAUGAUUGUGCCCAGAAUCCAUGUUUAAAUGGAGGUACUUGUAUUGAUAAAGUUGCCGAUUAUCACUGUACAUGUCCAACCGGAUUCAUAGGAUUCAAUUGUGGAAAUGUAACAGAUGAAUGUCUACCUAAUCCAUGUCUAAAUGGGGGAAGUUGUGUGGAUUUACACAAUGAUUUCUUUUGUCAUUGUGCACCUGGCUGGGAAGGUAAAACAUGUUAUGCCGAUGUUGAUGAAUGCUUAUCGAACCCAUGUCAAAACAAUGGUACCUGUAAUAAUUUACCCAAUAAUUAUUCGUGUUCAUGUGCUCGUGGUUAUACUGGAAAAGACUGUGAAAUUGAUAUAAAUGAAUGUGACUCCUCUCCGUGUUUAAAUGAAGGUUACUGUGAAGAUGGAAUUGAUGAUUUCACCUGUCAAUGUCAGGAAGGCUAUUCUGGUCCUACUUGUUCUGAACUCUAUGAUGCGUGUGCAUCAUCACCAUGCUUGAAUGGUGGUAACUGUACCACCGAGCGGCCCUCUCACUUGUAUACUUGUGAAUGUCCGGAAGGAUUUGAAGGAGGAUCAUGUGAAAAGUUUAUGAUGCUUCAAAAUCCACUGGAUCCAGUAUUCAUUAGCGUGUCUUUGAAAGCCAUGAGUGCUUCAAUUUAUUCUAAUUUGUUAAUAAUUUGUUUUUUAUCAACUCUUCUGUCCAACUUUUGUUUAUGUUUUGAUACAAUUACUACUAACCACUCCGAAUGUUCACCUCCUUGUUUACAUGGUGUUUGUGCGAAACCAGGUAACCAGUCAAAUUAUGAGUGUUUUUGUAAAUCUGGUUUCACUGGGUCUUCUUGUCAGGAUGAUAUAGACGAAUGUGCCAUAUCUCCGUGUCUUAACAAUGGUACAUGCCAUGACAAAUUGAAUGGUUUUACCUGUACAUGUUUACCGGGUUGGAAGGGUGAACGAUGUGAAAAUGAAAGUAACCCUUGUGAUUCUAACCCGUGUUUCAACGGUGGCACAUGUUCAUCUCAUCAUUCCAACUUUAAAUGCUCUUGUCCUCCUGGUUUCUCUGGUGAUACCUGUGAAGUAAAUAUAAACGAAUGUUUGCCUAAUCCAUGCCAAAAUAAUGGAACAUGUAAUGAUCUUAUAAAUGGAUUUGAAUGUAUCUGUGGAAAUGGUUUCGAAGGAAUAUUAUGUCAAGAUAAAACUUGUGUAAAAGAGCAAUGCAUUUAUGGUAUUUGUAUGAAUAAUACAUGCCAUUGUAGACAAGACUAUACAGGUCCUGAAUGUAAUAUACCACUUCCACCAUGUGCAACUAGACCAUGUAAAAAUAAUGGAAAAUGUGAGAGCAAUGGUAACGAUUUCAAAUGUACUUGUAAAAAGGGUUUUGCAGGACCUCAUUGUGAGAUAAACAAAGAUGACUGUGCUAAACGACCAUGUAAAAAUGGUGGUACCUGUGUUGAUGGUAUAGCAGAUUAUUCAUGUUCAUGUCCUCGUGGUUUUACGGGUAAAAAUUGUGAAACCGAUAUCGAUGAUUGUGCCCAGAAUCCAUGUUUAAAUGGAGGUACUUGUAUUGAUAAAGUUGCCAGUUAUCAAUGUAAAUGUCCAGCCGGAUACAAAGGAUUCAAUUGUGGAAAUGUAACAGAUGAAUGUCUACCUAAUCCAUGUCUUAAUGGAGGGACCUGUAAGGAUCUACACAAUGAUUUCUCGUGUCACUGUGCAUCUGGAUGGGAAGGUAAAACAUGUGAUAAAGAUGUUGAUGAAUGCUUAUCGAGCCCAUGUCAAAACAAUGGUACUUGUAAUAAUUUACCCAAUAAUUAUUCGUGUUCCUGUGCUCGUGGUUAUACUGGAAAAGACUGUGAUAGCGAAAUAAAUCCAUGUGCUUUGUCUCCAUGUUUGAACAAUGGUACCUGUGAAAACUUCUUUGAUGAUUUCACAUGCCAAUGUAUGGAAGGCUAUUCUGGUCCUACUUGCUCUGAACUCUAUGAUGCUUGUGCAUCAUCACCAUGCUUGAAUGGUGGUAACUGUACCACUGAGCGGCCGUCUCUCUCGUAUAGAUGUGAAUGUUCGGAAGAAUUUCAAGGAGAUUUCUGUGAAAUUCAAAUGAUGAUCAGGAUUCCAAUGGAUCCUGUUUUUGUUAAUUUAGUUACUUUAAUAUGCGUUUUGGUUGUACUUCUGUUAAUAUUAUCAUUACUUCUUGUUAGGACUGUGAAAAAAGCUAGAUCAACUCGAGGCACUUAUUCACCGUCAAUCUAUGAAAUGUAUGGAAACACUCCGAUUGCAAUAUUAAAGCCAGCUCCAGGAGAAAGGUUGAUUUAAAGAAAAAACUUUAAAGCAACUUCCAGAUUCUCACCAUAAAUGUUCAACUUAUUAUUCAAGUUCAUUGUUAUUAUGAACACUUCUUCCAGAUGAUCACAACUAUGCAUCCAACUCAAUCAUUCCUAUAAUAAUUUAUUAACGACUGGCUCGUCUUUCAGGUAAAUCAUCAAAUGGUUUUCCACUUAUUCAAAUGUAUUCAAACGAUUCUCAUGAACCUGAUCUCAUUUAAUCUACAAAAAGGAUUAAAAAAGCUGAGAAAUUUAACUUUUUUAUUCGCAUUCAUGUGAUUGCAUUACCAAUUUAUGGGAAACAUUUGUAAAUAAAUUUAAAGCAAACUUUGAUUACUCUAAUGUUUAUAAAGUUCAACAUGAUUUGAUCAA